AUGGAGCAGGAGAUGCUGCAGCAGGCGCUAGCAGGCCUCAGCUUGUCUCCCGCCAAGGGAACACAUCCGCAACAAGGCGAUCAGCAGGGUCACGCCCUGUUAAAGCUGCUGCAAGGCCACGGCGGGCAGCACCUGAACGGGUACGAGCCAGCUCCGGGCCCCACGCUGCAGGCAGCACCCGCCUAUGGCAGCAGCAGGCUGCCUGGGACGCAGCCGCCAGCAGGGCCGCCCCCGCCGCUGCCGGCCCAGCCCGACGGGCUGCUGCCCGCGCAGGCAGAGCAGGCAGUCAGCUCGCUGUUUGGCGCUGGUGGUGGCAGCAUCUGGUCUAGCCAGCCGAUCCCAGUGGGCAGUAGCAGCGUGGACAGCGCAGGAGCCAGCCAGCUCCCUAGCGGCGGUCUUUGGGGCGGCGCCCCGCCUUUGGGCUGGCCCGGUCAGCACCAGCAGUCACCGCCUGCACAGCAGCAGCUGCAGCACGUGCCGUCAGCCUACCAACAGGCCCAGCGGCAGCUACCCUACCAGUCCCCACUGCAGUUUGCGCCGCAGCAGCACCUGCCGCCGCCACAGCACCCGGCGUUGCGCAGUCAGCAGGGGAUGCCGCCAGCCCAGCAGCAGCAUCUGCUGCCUCCACAGCAGCCGCCGCUGCACCAGUCUCCGUCAUACAUGCACCAGCAGCUUGAUCACGGCCAGCAGCAGCAGCAGCAGUUGCCACCCCAUCUGCAGCACCUGCUGCAGCCACAGCCCACGCCGUAUGCGCCACCACCAGUGCCGCAACAGCCGCAGCAGCGGCCUGUGAUGCCGUACAAUCCGCUGACAGCCCUGCUGCAGCCGGGGUCGAUGCCGCCGCAUCUGCAGCAGCAGCACCAGCAGCAGCAGCACCAGCAGCAGCCUGCGCCGCUGGCGGGGACGUCGCCUGGCAUGCAGGCCGGACCUUGGGGCCCCGGCGCGCUGUUUGCAGGCCUGCCUGCCAUGCAGCACCUGCAGCAGCAGCAGCAGCAGCAGCAGCAGCAGCAGCAGCAGCAGCAGCUAGGCCUGGGCAGCAGGCUUGCGCCGCCUGCAGGCAUGCCCCUGGCCCCGCUGUCGCCACGCUCGCAAGCAGCACCGCUGCACCAGCUGCCGCAGCAGGCGCAGCUGAUGCCACCGGGGCUGGCUGGCCAGCCCGGCCUGUUUGACAGCUUGCUGCGUGCAGCCGCCGCCCACCCAUCCUCAGCGCCUUCAGCAGGCACUCCUUCGCCCCCGCCGCUGCCGUCUCAUGGCGAGCAGCAGCCGGGGGAGGCAUCGCAGCAGCAGGGGCCUGGCGGCGGCCGGCCGGCGGCAUCGGGUCGCAAGGCGGGCACCCAGCAUGUGGCCAACAAGCCGGGCUCUGGGCGCGAGAACAGGUGGGUGGAUGUGAUGGACCGCAGCCACAAUGGGCGGCAGCCCAAGGCCAACAUGGAGGAGCUGGAUGCGGCGCUGAGGCAGAUGGCCGACUCGCUGAUGCCCACGCCGGAGGAGCGCGCGGCGCAGAUGGAGGCGUUUGAGUGGGUCAAGUCGCUGCUGCAGGCGCGGUACCCGGGGGCGGGGGUGCACCUGUUUGGCUCCGUGGCCAACGGGCUCAGCGUGCGGCACAACAACGACAUCGACGUGUGCCUGGAGCUGGAAGGGGUGGACGACCAGGCAGGCAAGGCGGAGGUGGCGGGUGUGGUGGGGGAGCUCAUGGAGGCGGCGGGCAUGGCUGAGGUGCUGCCGCUGCCCAAGGCGCGCGUGCCGGUAGUCAAGUUUGUGGUGCCGCGCACGGGAACAAAGGUGGAUGUGACCGUGAACAACCUGCUGGCCUGCAUCAACACCAAGCUGGUGGCCGACUACUGCGCCAUCGACGCCCGCCUGGCGGCGCUGGUGGCCCUGGUCAAGCACUGGGCCAAGCAGCGUGCCGUCAACGACCCCUACCGAGGCACGCUGUCCUCCUACUGCUACGUCCUGAUGUGCAUCCACCUGCUGCAGACGCGGCCCACGCCGGUGCUGCCCGCGCUGCAGCAGCUGCAGCCCACCUUCCGCCGCGCCGUGGGCCAGUGGACCUGCGAGUUCUGCGACAACAUCGAGGCGCUGCGCGGCUUUGGCGCCGUCAACUGCGAGAGCCUGGCGCAGCUGGUGUGGGCCUUCUUCGAGUACUGGGCCUGGCGGCACAACUACUCGCACGACGUCGUGUCGGUGCGCCUGGGCGCCUGCCUGCACAAGGACGACAAGGAUUGGACGCGGCGCAUCGGCAACGAGCGCCACCUGGCGAGUGGAGGGCCUGCAGCGUGCCCACCCGCCUGCCGCUGCCUGCCCUCCGAUGUGUGCAUUGAGGACCCGUUUGAGCUGAGCCACGACCUGGGGCGCACCGUGGACCGCCAGACGCGGGCUGUGCUGCACAAGGAGUUCACGCGGGCCGCCACGCUGCUGCGGGACGCCGACGACCCGCUGGACCUGCUGUUUGCGCCCUACCGCGUGGGCCAGCGCGGCUGA